UAUUUACACGUGUUAUUGCAAAAGCAGAAGAGGCAUAGGAACCGCGUGCUGCGAGAAAGUAACGUUAUAUGAUGUUUGUAUAGCCAUCCGCACGACCUUAAAUUAUAUACAAUACCUGCACUGACAUCAGACAUCAGCAUGAGUGACGCGUCAAACGCGAGUAAAGACACCGCAGAGAUGGACGCGAGCGAGCCGGAGGUGAAGCAGGAGAACGGGGACAGUAAAAGCGCUCCGGGCGAGGAGAAAGCCCCACCGGGAGAGCUCGAGCCCCCUGAGGGCGGCUGGGGAUGGGUGGUGAUGCUGGCGGCUAUGUGGUGCAACGGCUCGGUGUUCGGGAUCCAGAACGCUUUCGGUAUUUUAUUUGUGUCUCUGCUGAAAGAGUUCGGCUCCGAGGACGACGAAGACCUCCGCUUUAGAACAGCAUGGGUCGGCUCUCUCUCCAUGGGUAUGAUCUUCUUCUGCUCACCGAUCGUCAGUGUCUUCACCGAUCUCUUCGGCUGUCGGAUAACAGCGGUCGGCGGGGCUGCUGUGGGGUUUGUGGGACUUCUGGCCAGUUCCUUUGUCUCGUCUCUCGAGCCGCUGUACUUCACUUAUGGCAUAGUUUUCGCCUGCGGGUGCAGUUUUGCAUAUCAGCCUAGUUUGGUGAUCCUGGGUCACUACUUCAAGAAGAGGCUGGGUCUGGUGAACGGGAUCGUGACGGCCGGCAGCAGCGUUUUCACCAUCACGCUGCCGUACAUGAUGAAGGGUCUGCUGGAUAGUUUGGGACUUUAUUACACCAUGCGAGUUCUGUCCAUCUUCAUGUUUGUGCUGGUGCUGGCGGGCUUUACCUACAAACCCCUCCUGCCCAAACCCGUGAGCAACGCUAAGUCAGGCAGUCGCUGUCCGGCCCUUAGCAGGGUCUUUAAUGUGCAGAUCUGGAAAUCUCUGGGAUAUCGAAUCUGGGCGUUUGGAAUCCCCGCGGCCCUCUAUGGAUACUUUGUGCCUUACGUUCACCUGAUGAAACAUGUAGAAGAGAGGUUUGGAACGGACUCCAAUAAGGAGCUUCUGCUGAUGUGUAUCGGCAUCACGUCAGGUGUGGGUCGUCUGAUCUUCGGUCAAGUGGCUGAUUAUGUACCUGGAGUCAAUAAAGUUUACUUACAGGUGUCUUCAUUCUUGGUCAUCGGUCUGAUGUCUAUGAUGAUUCCUUUGUGUCAGAAUUUUGGUGGUCUGAUCGCUGUGUGUCUGCUCAUGGGUUUGUUUGAUGGCUGUUUUAUCUGCAUCAUGGCUCCGAUUGCCUUCCAGUUGGUGGGCUCUCAGAAUGUCUCUCAGGCCAUUGGCUUUCUCCUGGGGAUGAUGUCUGUACCCAUGACUGUAGGACCUCCCAUCGCAGGAUUCUUAAGGGACCGUUUGGGAAGCUACGACGUUGCUUUUUACCUGGCAGGAAUUCCUCCAAUCAUCGGCGGUGCCGUGUUGUGUUUGAUUCCCUGGGUGGAGGCAAAGAGGAGGAGGAAAGAUGAAGAAGGUGCUGAUGUUGCAGAGAAGAUGCUGGAGCGAAAGAUCGAUGCGCAAGACGACGCAGGCAUUCCAGAGAAAGCCGAUAACACUGAAUCUGUCAUCUGAAUAUAAGCAGCGUUUUUAAUGAGCAGACUUACAGAAGCCAUGAAACGCUUCUGACUGACCGUCCAACAGGCAACUCCUGCACAAAUGUGAUUUUUAAGCUAUGCAUACAUCAUUGAAAGUUGUUCUACUUUUAAUAUUUUCAAUGGAAAUUGUGCGGACUUGAACGCUAUAAAUGAAUUUUUUAUUAAAAAGGGAAAAUGUUUGCCAAACUGCAGGGGAACCUCAGAAAACUUUGUGGGAUUUUAAUAACCAAGUUUUUUCAUUUAUACAAUGAAUCUCUUUAAUUCAGUUUUAUAAGUAGGUUUUUGCUUUACCCUUUUUUGAAUGGUAAAGGUUAUAGUAAUAAGGAAUUACCGCAUGUAUUGUUUGCUUCCUAUAAUUGUGUAACUUUUUUAAUGCAUGCAGAUUAUAGCCAUGCCUGACAACUUCAACUUGAGCACUUCAGAAGUGUUUAUAAAGCAGAUGACAGUAAGAAUCACUUUUAUUUGUGAUGUAUAGGAAACAUUAAUGCUGCUUAUAUAAUCAAAAAAGCCAAAUUCAGUUUGUUAUUCAAUGCAAUGCUAUGUCCUCGAUGCCUUAUAUCUUGUCAGUGUUUUCUAUAGAUUUAGGAUUGUGUUGUGUUGUGCUCCUGACAGGGCAAAGAUAUAUUUCAUAUGAAUCGAGUAUUUUUUUCUAUGCAGUGAGGAUGUGAAGUUGCUCUUUAUAAUGAAUUUAUUUUUAUAAUGUUGCCGUGUGCAUAAGAGAGCCAUCAGAUCUCCAGAUGUGUGUGUGUCGAUCGGUCACAUUUCUUAAAGCCGUUCGCUAUCACUCGACGUCUGAUUAUACAGAAAACUCUCUCAUCAGACCCUUUAUGAUAGUGACUCACUACAUCUGUGAUGCCAUUUUAUUUAAUACCUCAUGAGAGGUCAUCAUCUGGUAUUAAUCACUUGAUAUAAAUUUGACCUGUGUUCCUGUUAAUGAUGCUACAGCAGGUGGAUAAGUUAAACAUGACCUACAGUGUUCAAUAUGUAUAGUGCUGUAUUAUUGACUAAACCGCUGUUGUUAUUGUUUUGGACUUUAUCUUACACAUUAGUGUGGCACGUGGUCUAUAGGAGUAUUAGUUUGAUCCUGUAAUCUACCUCAGUUGAUUUGAUUUAUAAAGCAUUUCUUAUGAAUACCAAAGAAGAGAAACACUGAUCACAGGUGAAAAUGCUCACAUAUCUCAUAUAGCGUCCUUCAUCAUUAUUCUGUCAUGAUAUUAAGGGAUAUUAGUGCCUUGACAAUAUGAUUUUAAUAUGCAAGACUCAUUUUCUUAACUGAAACCAUUGGCAUGUAGUCAAGUCAUGCAUUUCAUUCAAGUACAUUUGACACAUUUAACUUUAUUCAAAUAUUUUUCUGUUGUAAUCUGAAUAUUAUUAUGAGUUGGUUUUCCAACGUUUUCAUAUUUCAUUUUUUACUUUUAGUCCUUUUGUAUUUUUUAAUCUUAUAUUGUUCAUGUAAACCAUGGUUGUAUACACACGCGUGUUGUUGCAUAUUUUGUGUUGACAGAAGACAAUCAGCAUUAAUUUACUCAGGUGAUAAAACACACAGUAAUUUAAUUGUAAAGUUUCCUCAGACUUCAGCUAAACACCAAAACAAAACCUUCGGUGCCUUAAAGUAUUCUUUGCAACGUUUGUCCAUCUGUUUAGCAUUUUGCCUGAUAUGAAUUUUAUUUGUAAUAUUGUACAAUGAAAUAUAUCCAAUCAUCCAAACCUAGUAUUAAGCAAUAUAUAUUUAUAUAUAUAUCAGUAGAUAGCUGGUUCAGACUCCAUGGGUAUGAUGACAAAUACAAAGUAAGAUUUCCCAUUUCUUCAUCUAAUCUUAUAUUUGUAAAUCAUCAUGCAGAUGAAUUGUUGCUUCAAUUUUCUUAAUUGUGCCACUGCAAUAUUUCUCAUGUUAAAUUUUUAGAUGUCAUUGCCUGCAUGAUUUCAUUGUCUGUUAUGUUUUGUUGUAUGUACCACACUGCUAUAUUUCAAACUACAAUAAAGAACGAACAUAACCUUA